AUUAUUGUUACAUCAAUGUAAUAUUCCAAAAAAAUAAUAUUAUAGAUUUGUACGUGUUUUCGCGCGUUAUCGUAGAUAUAUUUUUUUUCUCCACUGUUUGAGAACCAAUUGCGUAGUGACUCCCACUUUGAGUACUGACGACAACAACGACACUACUUGCCGUUAUCACUCACGUCCCGCGUGAUUCACGCAAAACAGUGAUAACAUGACCAUGAUAAUUUGCCGGGGCUACAAGCGAGGUGACGUUUAUAAGACAGGAAGACACGGGCCACACGGCUAAAACCAAAAUACGGCAGCGUCGUUGACUUGUUUUGUUUCGAUUCGAUUUCAUACGCAAUGUCUACAAAAAGUUACAUUUUAGACAACGGUGCAUACACAGCCAAAGUCGGUCACACAGACGACGAUGCGCCCAAAAUAAUACCCAAUUACAUUAUGAAGGCCAAAAGCGAACGGCGGAGGACAUUUAUCGGUGAUCAACUUUCUGAGUGCCGAGACAAAUCUGGAUUGUAUUUUAUGUUGGGCUUUCAAAAGGGUUACCUGUUAAACUGGGAUAUUCAGAAAACAGUAUGGGACUAUAUAUUUAGUAAAGAUUGUUGCAAAGCAAACUUUUUUGAAAUGCCACUAAUCGUAACUGAACCAUACUUCAAUUUUAGUUCUAUUCAAGAAGGAAUGACAGAAAUGUUUUUUGAAGAAUAUGAGUUUCAAGCUUUAUUAAGAACUAAUGCUGGAAAUUUAUCUUGUUACCAUUAUCACCACGAUAAACCAACUGCAAAAUGUUGCUUGGUUGUUGAAUCUGGCUAUAGUUUUACACAUAUUGUCCCUUAUAUUUUACAAAAGAAAUUCAAGCCUGGAAUAUUACGUGUCAAUGUUGGUGGCAAAAUUCUAACUAAUCAUUUGAAAGAAGUGAUAUCAUACAGACAGUUACAUGUUAUGGAAGAAACAUAUGUGAUGAAUCAGUGCAAAGAAGACUUGUGUUUUAUGUCUACAGAUUUUGAUCGAGAUCAUAAAAUUGCAAAAAUGAAAUGGCCUAAAAAUACUAUUGUCAGAGACUAUGUUUUACCAGAUUACACGACUGUAAAUAGAGGACUUAUAAGAACAUUAGAUGAGACUUCUGCCAGCAGAACUAUAGAUAAAGAUCAGCAAGUUUUACGAAUGAACAAUGAACGUUUUACAAUACCAGAAAUUUUAUUCCAUCCAAAUGAUAUUGGGAUACCACAAAUGGGCAUAUCAGAAGCAAUUGUUCUCAGUAUUAACUUAUGUCCAGAAGAGACUAGACCUCAUCUAUACAACAAUAUCAUUGUUACUGGUGGUAACGGUUGUUUUCCUGGUUUUGAAGAACGUCUUUCUAAAGAAGUGCGGGCUCUUGCUCCUGAUGAAUUUGAUGUUUCAGUGACUGUUCCUGAAAAUCCCGUUACAUAUGCUUGGCACGGAGGAAAUUUACUAAGUAAAGAUCCAGAUUUUUUUUCGCUUGUGGUUACUAAAGAAGAAUACGAUGAAGAAGGAUUUUCUGCAUGCCAUCGAUUUGAUGUUUAAAAUACAUAAGACUGAAAAUAUAAUUAUUAUUUAUUACUUAUAAAUAUUAUGACUUUAGUUUUAUUUUCUAUGAAAUAAAAUGUAUGAAAAUACCAAUAAAAUUAUAUUUUGUAUACAAAU